UGACUAGUGAGUAGUGAGGAUGUUACUCGCUAUUCCAUUCCACCAGUGUUUACGACAAUUUCGUCGUGAAACGCCGGCUAUAGCGCACGGCUCAACCGCGAAUGUGCGAUGUGAAAAACAUUCAACGAGUAAACAUUAAUAGCCAGUGAUUGUGACAAUUCUAAGAUGUUCAAAAACCUCGCUUUGUCUAUUGCCCUAGUAGCUGUUUGCAUCGGUAUCGGAGCCAAGUAUUACCAACUUCAGAGAGUUCCCGAUCUACCGGAACUUGAUUUAGAAAGAUGGUGGGGAGACGGCGAAAAACCAAAACAAGAAGACGAGUCGAUUAGACCAUUUAACAUUGUCUUCAAUGAAACGAUGAUAGAGGACUUGAAAAGCAGAUUAAAAAGACGACGCUCAUACACCAGACCAAUGGAGGGCAAGCAAUCCGAAUAUGGCAUGAACACAAUAUACUUGGAAAAGAUUUUAACGUAUUGGACGGAUAAGUACAACUUCACAGAGAGAGCCAGACGUCUGAAUAGGUACCCUCACUUCAAAACAAGAAUUCAAGGGCUGGACAUUCAUUACAUAAGACUGAAGCCUGAAGCGAAAAAUUUUAAAGUACUCCCUCUGCUGCUCUUGCAUGGAUGGCCAAGUUCUUCCAAGGAGUUUGAUAUGGCGAUACCAAUGCUCACGACUCCGAGGAGUGGAUAUGAUUUUAUUUUUGAAGUUAUCGCUGUCGAUCUACCGGGCUUUGGAUAUUCGGAGGGCACAAACAAGCCAGGACUAAGUCCUUUACAGAUGGGUAUAAUAUUGAGAAACCUGAUGAAACGACUCGGCUUCAGUAAAUACUACAUCCAGGCAGGCGACUGGGGCUCGCAGGCCGCUACUCAUCUAUCUACCGUCUUCCAAGAUGAAGUAUUAGGGUUCCACACUAAUAUGCCGGUAUCGUCAAGACCCAUAAGUAACCUCAAGUAUGUCAUCGGUUCACUAUUUCCGAGUUUUAUUGUCGAAGACAAAUACAGACACAGGAUGUAUCCGUUAAAGGAUUUAUUCUCUUAUUUGAUGAGGGAAAGUGGCUAUUUUCACUUGCAAGCUACCAAACCAGAUACAAUAGGUGCUGCGUUAGCAGAUACACCAGCUGGACUAGCAGCCUACACUCUGGAGAAGAUAGGCAUUUGCAGCAACAGGGACCAGCUACAUACACCCCACGGAGGCUUAGAGGAGAUCAACAUAGAUGACUUGUUGGACACCGUCACUAUAAUGUGGGCAAACGAACGGAUUACCAGCUCGAUGAGGGUAUACGCGGAAGCUUUCGCAUGGCCUGACGUAUUUGUUGUUCAUGACAUACCAACAUACGUGCCAACCGCAGCUAUAAAUUUUCGUUAUGAAGUAGUGUACCAGCCCGAUUGGAUUCUGCGAGACAAGUUCCCAAAUCUAGUACACUCCACGACCUUGGAUUUCGGCGGACAUUUUGCCGCGAUGCACACGCCCAAGGCGUUAGUCGAUGACGUCUUUGAAUCUGUUGUCGAAUUCAUUAAAUUCAACGAACAAAAAACCAAUUAAUUAUAUUAUAUAUAAUAAUUUUGUAGGUGCUUAGUAUAGACUUGAAAAGUCACUUGUAUUUCCGAACCUCAAGAAAAAAGCCCUCAUACGCCACAAGAGCUUAGCUUACAUAUACUUGGAAAUGAAUUUGUUUUUUUAACAUCCGUUAAAUAAGCUCUCGUGCGAAUGUGGCCAAAGCCCUCAUUCAACAUAUACCUGGGAAUGCAUUUGUUGUAUUUGAACGGUUUAUAACGUCUGUUAAAAAAACUCUUGUGCGAUUGAGGGCUAAUAUCAUCACUUUCUUUUCCGUAAGUCUGUCUGUUAAGUGUCAAGACUCUUUGUUUCGCGAAUGCAUUGAUCAUGAACUUAUGAAAAAAUCAAGUAAAUAUGUCUCAUGAAAUAGCUGCUUUAAUUUUUAUAUGUAACUAGCGGACCCGGUCAAGCUUCGUUUUGUCAUAAGUGCACUUAUUCUCUAUCCCUACUCUACCCUUCUAUACCUCUACCCCUACCCUACCCUACCCCUACCCCUACCCUACCUCUACCACUUGACUCUUAAACGUUUGUAUGAGAAAUAGAAAAGGGCAGUUUUUAGGGUUUUCCUGGAAAUUAUUUGAUUUUUUCUCACCUUUUAAACCUUCCCUAUACCUCCACGAACAUUUCAAGACCAAGAUAAGAUAAAUCCGUUAAGCCGUUCUCGAGUUUUAGCGAGACUAACGAACAGCAAUUCAUUUUUAUAUAUAUAGAUUAGUAUAAAGAUGGAGAACUCAUUGUCUUUUAAACUCAUUUAAUUAAAUAGCUCAACUAUUAUUUAUUAUGUCUGUACAUCCUUGAUAAAGGUAUGUUUUAGCGUAGUGGGAAUAUAUAGUUUAUGUAAGUGCAGUUUAUAAACUAAAAAAAAACUGAUCGAGAAGUAAAAUCCAUUUUCCCCUAUAGGGGAUUAAUUUUCCAAAAUCCAACCAUUUCUUAAAAUUCAUUUUAAAAACAACAUGUUAUGGGAUUCCGAUAAUAAUGUUGUUGCUAAAUACUUACCUUUUGACUUUUGAAAUCUUUAAGAGUUCUAUUGAAAUAAUUUAUUUUUUAAUGUAUUGUAAAUAAACCGUUCCUAAGAUAA